CGUCCCUCGCUCUGCUGUGUGCGGAACGAGAUCUACCUGUUAAAAUCUUUCAUCUCGAUGGAGUCGUUUGCCAGUAGUGAUAAUGUUAUAGAUCCCUCGACUCGCUAGAGAGAGACUCUGUCAGUGUGGAGCUAUCGUAGUAUUGUUUACAUCGUAGCGUGCUUUAAUAUCCAAGAGGACUUUCAGCAGUAUAUGGCUUUUAGAUGUGAAUAAUGAGUUUAUGUAAACUCGACGGGGAUUUGAAACAAAGGAUUUUACUGUGGUUUUUAUGGGACCCCUUGGAUCAUGGAGCAUCGCUAUAAACAAUAGUAUAUACAUGUACAGUAUACAAAUAUAUUUAUACUUAAUUUUGUCCGCACACGAACACGUGGAGUUCAAGAGGAGCCACUGCAAAGCACUGUAACAGUUUUCAUAUCCGUGAGUUUUUACGUUCGAAGGAAGAAGAGUAGUACACAACGUUCUGUGUUUACAUCACCGGAAAGAAAAUCCGGAAUUCCGCUCCGGAAUUGGAAUCCGGACUUAUCGUCGGAUUGCUUCCUUCUUCAUUUCACUGAUUUGAGGUCAAGAGCACAUUAAGAUUUAAUAUUUAUGCUAUAAAAUACUUGUGACAUUGUGUAGCUGACAUUGGAUUAGACAGUAUUUUUUCCGGAAUUUUAAGCCCGAUGGUGUGUUCAAAUUUGGAAUCUAGUGUCAGUUUGUUUAGUUACAUAUCACUCAACAUUAAUGUUUGUUGUGUUCAUGCUCCGGAUUUUUAAAUUCGAGGGUGUGUGUCUUCGAAACCCUCCGAAGUAUGGAAGUUGACGUCGGAAAUGGCGUCGUAUACUGAAUGGACCGAUAGGUAUGUCGACGCUGUGAACGUUUAGGAAAAUAUUUUGAUGUGUUAAAAAAGGACCGAUUUUGUUGAUAGAGGUAUAUAUUAUUAUUUUUAAAGCAUAUUUUUUAAUUUAUUUAAAUGUUAUAGAUGUCAUUAAAGUACAAAUGCGAUAUAAUUCCUGUGGGAAGUUGUUAGAUUAUAUUAUCGUAAGUUGAAUAUUGAUGAUAGCUAAUUGCUAGAUCCGUACGUCGUAUGUUGAACAGUGAUGCGUACUGCGAGAUCUACUAUAGACAUUUUAAACCAUCAAUGGGAAAAAGCAGCUAUACAUACUUACUGACCGCGUGGGGACGGGCCACAUCGUGUGAUGCCUGCUUUACCCCCGGGAUUGAGGAGGGGCGCACACAGCUAUGACAGUCCCUGGACAUCACAGCAGUGGGGAGGUGAAUUAUUCUUUCUGGGGCAAUAUCUACAACGCUUCCGCCUCUUUCAGGGAGACCCACCCACCGGGCUGGAGUACACAGGGUCGAGGAAUAACACAUGGGAUUUUUCUAUUGGUUUUUACUGUCAUUGGAAGUACAUUUAAUGUUUUUAUGAUCGUUGCUAUUGUCCCAAACAGAAGAUUACGUACAGUGAGGAAUAUAUUACUUGUCCACUUAGGGGCUGUCGGGUUAGCUUCGUCCAUACUGACCACACUUUACGCUGGAGUGGUCAGCUUAUGUGGGUAUUGGCUAGGUGGUCAAAGUAUGUGUCACGCGUACGGAUUCUUACAAUCAUCCUUUACGCUGACCAGCGUUUGGACAAUAGCCGCUCUUAGUUGGGACAAAUAUCAAACUAUUGCGUCGCCAUUACAUCAUUCCUUAACGGCAACUGCGCGUAAAAUGACGUCAUUAUUUUCUGUGUUCUGGGUGAGUGCAUUCAUAAUGGCGUUACCGCCACUUUUUGGCGGGAGUUCCUACAUUUUCUCACCUGUAACGGGCACGUGCUUUAUAAACCACCUGGAUGUGUUAAGUCGAUGGUAUGUGGGUAUACUAGUAAGUGCUAUGUUUUAUAUACCAUUGUCUGUUAUGAUCUAUUGUUAUACACAUAUAUUUCGCAUAGCACGAACGCAAAGCAGCAGAAUCGCCGCGACCAUGGUUCGAAUGGCAUGUGUCGUACAGGCGCCUAUAGCCCUUAACACACAGGCUACAGCCCCACUAUCGACGUCUAUUAAGGGCACAAAGGCUAUGCUUACCAUCCUCCAGCUUGUAGGAGCUUUUACACUAACUUAUAUACCCUUUUCAAUCGUUAUAUUAGUGGAAGCUGCCGCCGGAAGGAGGCAGGUAGACCCUAUGUUGGUUUCCAUAGUAACGACAUUAUUCCAGGCAGCGCCGAUGAUCAACAGCGCCAUCUAUGGUAUACGAAAUAAAAUUUUACGAAAUUCUUUUAUACGAUAUACAAGACGAAAAGUACAAUUGUUUUGUUAUAAAGACAAACGUAAAGGAAGUGUUAAAAGAUCGUCGUCGUUCCGAAUGUCCUUAAUGCAGAGAAAAUCUAUUCAUCAAAACGGAAAUGCUCAAAGUGGACAUUUACGAAGGACUCAGUCGCUCCAGGUUCGACAUCUCAGUGUUCCUAGAUCAGAUAUAGUAAAGUAUGAGAGUAGUGAAAAUAUUCGUAAAACUCGAUCAUUUACGCUUCAAAAUGGUCACGCAUUUGCCAAUGAAGAUGAGGAAUGUUGUCUCGCACCGCCGCCAUCUUUAAAUGAUUUUGAUGACGUCAAAAGUGAAAUACUGAUCAUGAAAAAAGUGUCUGACACAGAAAAAGAAAAAAUGAUGGAUAAUAACGACAACGAGGAGGAUGUUAUCGACGACGAAGAAGGCGAUGUGGAGGAGGAGGAGGAGGAUGACGUCACUCUGGAUAAUGGAUCAAUGUGAAGGUUGUAGAGAUAUAUUUUGGGAGCACGUGCAAGAGCGGAAGUCGACAGGAAGCAGAAAAGAGAAGCGGAUGCAUAAAUCUGAGUCAACCUCUGACCACUAGAGGGCGUUGGGGUUCUCCACAUCUUUGAUCAGAAAUGAACAACUACAGUCAGUUCUUGGUAGGAAGCUGAAUGAAUAUGGAACCGGACCGUCUCUCCAGAAGAGCAUCAUGUAUAAACACUGAUAUAAAUUAUGAUGCCAGAAAGUAUCUCACGUCAUAAUGGCAAUGACAACACAAUAACAUGUGACGUCACGAUGACAUGUGACGUCAUAAUGGCACAUAACUUCAGGAUACCAGAACGUCGAUCGAUGAUGAAUUACGUAAGAUAUACAUGAAGCUAUUCAAUAUGUAAUCCUCCUCGAAUAAGCAGAGACAGGAAAUCGAUUUCUAUAAGUUUUGAGCAGACGCCGGAAUUGAUUUUUGUCAUCUGCUUCCCUAUGAGAUAUCUGGCCCUGAGCGUGACAGGAAUGAGAGAGGGUGUGAUCUACUUUGAUGUGAAUAAGUCAUAUCAGCCUUUUAUAGAAAUAAUGUCGUUGCGGUUAUAUUUUGAUACGUACAACCCCCUUGACUGUGGUCGUCUAGCAUACACUCUUUGUAAUUUACAAAUACCAUAUUUUUAGACUUAAGGAUGUUUGCUUUCUUAUACAUUAUGCACGUGACUUUGAACAAUAGUUGUUGCAUUUUAAUAUCAUGUUAAAUUUAAUUAUUUAAUUAAUUGCGAUAAAAUAGAUGUUCAAGACAAAAUUGUCCGUCUCAGAAUGUUUUCAUUGGGUACUCUUUUGCAAUAAACACACAAAUACACAACUUUUUUUUAACAACAUCAAUCGUACUGCGUAUGGCAGAGAGUAACAGGAAAUUGAUCCAACAACAAAACAAUUUUAAAACCGAUUCCGGUAACUGGACUCAUUUAUCCGGAUGCUUAGUUAGUUGGAAUUUGUUUCGGGGGAGAGGGAGACAAAUCCCGACUCUAUGACGGUGCAAAUGAAUAGUUCGAUUCAAAGCUAGCCCUUUGGGGAUGACAACGUAGCAACACAAUUUUUAAAAAAGAAAUCAAAAAUGUACAUAUUGUUUUCGGGUCCGGAAUAAUGAUUUUGUGUUGUUGAAAUAAUCAAAGAUUAUUGAACUUUUUCAUUAUCUCUUAUCUAAAUAUGAUACCAAGCCAAUCGCAGUGGAAUUAAUAUUCACAAAUGCAUUGUUUUAAGCAUGAAAUAAAAUCCAUUAUUAUCUGCAAUUAGUCGUAAUUUACAGUAGGUUUGCGAUUUCUUCAAAAACUUUAUUCUUGAGAAUUUAAUUUUGCAUGUAAGACAUCUAUCCUGUUCUCAAGAUCUGUUAUUGCUUUUUUAUGCAGGGUAACCAACUUGAAAACAUUUUUUAUCGAAGUAAAAACACGUUACAGUAAUUUUAAUUGUCUUCAAUAUUAGAAAAUUUGAUUAAAAUUCGCUGCAUGCUUAUUUUUAAACUAUCAAAGUACGACCGAAUGAAGUAGAAUUGACGCCUUAUCUGAAUUUAAACUCUUUAUCAAAACGACAUAAUAUGGGAUUUUGAUGAAAAAAUAGGUUUUAACCGUACACAUGCACUUUAAGUUUUCAAUCGCAGAAAUUUUAAUAAUAUGAACUUUAAUUAUUUUAUAAUUGAAUUUAGUUAAAAGUGUAAUCAUCGAAAUAUGUUUUGCAGUUCCUGUUCUUCAGUGAACAGACUUAAUCUCUCAAAUCGAUUUUUUAUUUCAAAUAUCUUAUUAACCAGGAGAAGUUUUUAAAGUUGAUUUUAAGAGUUGUCAGGCUCCUAAAUUCAUAUGAUAUCCAUCCCUGUCCACUUUCAACAGGUAAACUAAAUAUCAUAAUCCACCUGAUAAUUGUAUGGUUUUCGUAUGUUCAAUCAUUCAAAUUGAUGUAAUAUUUGUCAUGUUACAGUUACAAUUGAAAAUGAAUUUGAUGAUAAAAAGUGUUCAUCGAGGUCUAAAGAUAUUGAGUUUGUAUCAAUUUUACCAUUAUGCUAUUUUUCACUGAGGCACCUCUCAAUGAACAUAUUUCAUUCACGUGUAUAUCGUAUCAUGAAAUGAUUAAGGCUGUGAAAAUAGAUUAUAUAUGUGUUAUUUUUAACAUAAAAUCAAAAUGUUAUUUUUAAAAAUGUAAUACAAAUUGAUGAUGUUUUUGAUAAGUAUAUGAGCAGUAAAGCGUUGUGAUGAGACUAAUCGUGCGUACAUGUGUAGGAUGAUUUGUGAAAUUGAGCGAAGAUGAUUGAAAAUGAAACUUUGAAUCAAAAAUGAAAGUUUCUGUACAUACAACACAUCAAGCUAUAAACAUUGUAAUUUUGCGCUUUUAUUUCAACUGUCAAAUUUUGAAUUAUUAAAUCGUGAUGAAAUAUUUUUUGAUGCUACAAAAUUGUGAUAUUGCCAUAAUCAAAAUAUGUAAGCAAGUGUACGAUGAUGUAAGUAUCUUUGUGGCAUUGUUAUUUCCCAUGACUAAUGUUUCUCAAUGAUAUAAAAUCUCAUUGCCUGUGGAGAUUAUAAGAAUUUUCUAGGAGAAUAACUCUAGUUGGCAUUAAGGGUAGUAAGUCGCGUUCGCAUGAUUUCUUAAGGACAAUAAUUCUCGCUUGCAUGGUUUCUGAAGUACAAUAAGCCACGUUAAAUCGGUCUCUCACUGUAAACGGGGAAAUUCACGCUUAUUACACGGAGUCCUUUCGAUCGUGAAAACUACCCCGCGCAUAUAAUUUGGCACCAAUUUGCGUUAUCUCGAACUACAAAUGGGUGGAUCAAUCGCGAAUUUAACCCCCGUGAAAAUAACCACGUUUACAGUAAGUCUCGUUCUCGUGGUAUCUGAAAGACAUAAUAGCCUUGGUUGCAUGGUUUCUCAAAGACUAUAAGUCUCGGUUGCUUGGUUUCUCAAGGACAACAAGCCUCGUUACAAUCUGUUUCUCAAUGACAUUAGGCCUUGUUCACAUUGUUUCUCAAGAACAGCAAGUCUCGGUUGCAUGGUUCCUGAAGGACAAUAAGUCUCCGUUCACAUGGUUUCUCAAGGACAAUAAGUCUUGGUGACAUGGUUUCUAAAAGACUACACCUCUCGUCCACAUGGUUUUCAAGAAAGCCAAUCUCGGUGGCAUGGUUUCUCAAGGACAGCAAGUCUCGUUGCAAUCGGUUUUUGAAGGACAUUACGUCUCUAUUGCAUGGUUUCUCAAGGACAAUAAGUCUCGAAUGAAUGGUUUCUCACGGACACCAAGUCUCGCUCAGGGGCAAUACGUCUCGUUCGCACGGUUUCUCCAGGACAACAAGCCUCGUUACAAUGGGUUUCGGAACGACAAUAAGUCACGUUUACAUAGCUUCAGUAGUACAAUAAGUCUUGGUUGCAUGGUUUGUGGACGCACAAGGAUCAUCAAGAACCUUUUUUUUCAGGUUACCUUAAAUGCUUUGAUCUCAAUAACAUUAUUUUCACUGUGAAUUAUAUAGGAUAAGACAUAUAUUAACUCACAUGGUAGUUAAAAAUCGCCUACCUGUACAUGUUGUGUCCAGUUUUUAUCGUCAUCAGUUGUGAAAUGGCACGGAUCAAAUUGAUGUUAAUUAAGGUCAAAAUCGUAAAGAUGACCGGUACAUAGCUGGUGUUAAUCACAGGAGUACACGUUCAUUGAGCACUUUUGUUUCUUUUGAUUUUCUCUCUUGAGCUAUUAAAUUAUUUGUUCCAAGAUAAAGGUAUCGACUGCCAGAGGAUUACUAAAUAAAUGCAUCAGAUUAGAUAUUAGAAUAGAUAUAAUAAAAUGUAAGGUCGAAUCACCGUGAUGUGUGUUGCUUCAGCGACGCGGUGGUUUGUUUGUGAGAAACCACCGUGACUUAUAGGGGUGGGGGUUUUGUCAAUAACUAAAUGGUGUGUACUGUAAUAAGUUGUGACCAAGAUGUGAUAUAAUGAAUUGUGAUGAAUAUUUGAUAAUUGUUUGACGUUGUAAUAUGAUAAUGAUAUAUGAUGCACUGUUGUGGUAUACUUGUGACUAAACACUUGUACUGUUAACUAACUUAUGAAUGCUAGUAGUUAAAAGGCUCGUUAGUUCAUGUGAUCGGAGUCACGUGAUAGUUUAAAUAAAUUAUUGUUACAUUAUACAAA